AUGGAAAAUCAUAAAAACGUCACAGAGUUUGUUUUUACGGGUCUUUGGCACAAUAGACAAAUAGAGCUGUUGUUCUUUCUCUUGUUCCUGCUUUGCUACCUCGCUAUCUUAAUGGGGAACUCUGUCAUCCUAUUCACCAUCACCUACAGCCACCUAAUCGAACAACCAAUGUAUUAUUUUCUCUGCCAUCUUUCCCUCAUGGACCUCUGCUACACCUCCACUGUGAUUCCCAGGCUCAUCAGGGACUUGGCCGCCACAAGAAAAAAUAUUUCCUAUAAUGAGUGCAUGACCCAGCUCUUCACUUCCCACUUGCUGGCCGGUGUGGAAAUCUUCAUCCUGGUGUCCAUGGCCUUGGACCGCUAUGUUGCCAUUGUCAAGCCUCUGCACUACAUGGUUAUCAUGAGCAGGAGGAGAUGUGAUAUGUUGAUUGUCACAGCCUGGGUACUGGGGUUCUGGCACUCCAUUGCUUUACUACUGAUGGUGCUCAGUCUGCCGUUCUGUGGUCCCAACCACAUCAAUCAUUACUUGUGUGACAUCAAGCCUCUUUUGAAGCUGGCCUGUAAAGAUGUUCAUGUUGUAAGUAUCUUAGCAAUUGCCAACUCUGGGAUGGUGCUUUUUGCCAUUUUUAUUGUACUACUUGCUUCUUACAUACUCAUAUUGUAUUCUCUGAGGACAAGAUCAUCUGCAGGGCAGCGCAAAGCGCUCUCAACCUGUAGUUCACACAUAAUGGUAGUAGUUUUAUUUUUUGGACCCUGUAUUUAUAUCUAUAUUUUACCUGCAGAAAAUGAGAACAAAGAUAAGGAAAUUUCUGUGUUUUACACCGUGAUUGCCCCAAUGUUGAAUCCCCUUAUCUAUACUCUGAGAAACAGUGAAAUGAAAAGUGCCAUGCACAAGGUGUGGUCUCGGCUGUCACUCAGAGUUGAAAUACGUGAAAGAAUCUUGUGA